AUGAAAAGUAAUUGUCCAAGGAAAUGCGGCUACUGCAGUAAGUAUCCGAAAUGUCAAACUUUCAGGACAUGAUGUGCGAUCUGACUCGUCCCAGUCCUCUUUGUAUUUGUAUUUGUAUUUUAUUUUUACUCCAUCCUAUAGACAAUACAUUGGUUGUACAAUAUCAAUUAGUACAAGGUUGAUUAAACUACGUGUACAUAAUAAAAAAAGAAAGUUAGAAUGGAGAAAGCCACAUUAUAGAAAACUAAUUAUGACCCUUUAACAGGAUUGACUUUAUUCUAAUACAGCUUUCUUAUUCAUUAAAACACAAACACGCACGCACGCAUUUUCUUUGCGCGUAACGUAGAGCAGGAGCAGGGGGUGCCCGCGUGCCAUUAGGGAGAGAUAACAAGAAACGACUGGGGACGAGUCAGGACACGUGAUAUUAGAGCUUUAACGAAACAAGAGGUCGCGGAGAAAAUCGGCUUCCGUGAGGCACGCAAAAGGAACCUGAGUAAUUUUUUUCCAAAUUUACAACAAAAAAAGCAGUAUUGUGGAUUUCAAAAGAAAAGAAUGGGAGCUCGCCGUCACAAGCGUCAACAUAACAGCGGCUGUUAUGGCCACGUUUGUGACCAUUGAACCACGCAUCUCAAACGCGUUGUCAUUAAACAAUUGCAACGUACGUUCUCCUGUUGUGGGCGGUGCUCACCAGCAAUAGCCGCAUAAGUACAAAAUUUCUAGAUAUACUCGUCUUGUUCUUGUAAGCUUAUUGAUGCUGAAACUUCAAGAGCGAAUGUUCUGGAAACACUCAGCCUUAUACGGGUCUCUAUCGGUUAGGCUUAAUAGAAAAAAAAAGUAGCGCGACUAAAUGUUAAACUCAGCGCGCACAACAAUCCCAAGGGACUGAUUGCACUCUAUAUAUGGAGGUUCUAUGCAGAGUUACUUGUUUGAUUUUAAAGACGGUGGUUAACUACCGUGAAUAUCGGUCAGCGGUCAGCGAGAAAGAUGAGGUAGGUACUUCAUAUAAAAGUACCUACCAAAGAUGGCGGUAAUUUUUGAGUUUCGUUAAAUUUACAGUGAAUUUAGCUCAUGAAAGCAGCGUUUUCCUCUUAUUUUCUUCUUUUUUCGUGUUUCAAAUUGUCCUAAUUCAUCUGCAUUCCAUUAUGGGUCUAACGACAGAAGGAUCGAGUCAAGAAUUUGUGCUUCAGUUUUCUUGCUGACCUGUAAUUUAAUUUUAUUUAAUGCUGAUGUCUAUCUAUUUUUGAGCAAGAGUGAGUCCAAAUAAGGAUUAUUGUGGUUGUUCGUGAAUGUAUUUUUCUCUUUAGUUACAUACUUUUCUAUUAAUUUAAAUUGUCUUUUUAAAUUCAUGAUUUUUAAGGUGGUCCAACCAAACCGCCAGGUGAGUGUUUUCCUAAUGGAUGCUAUAAUAAAUACGGUCGACUCUCGAUAACUCGAACCCUCGCUAACUCGAACCAAAAUCGAUUUCCCCUGGAUUUCCGUCAUACAUUCACUGUAAUUUUACCGUCGGUAACUCGAACCCUCGAUAACUCGAACUCCCGCUAACUCGAACCAAUUUUCGUUUCCCCUCAGGUCAUUUUCUGUAUAAUUUUACCCUCGAUAACUCGAACAAUGUUUUGAGCCCUUAAAAAGUCGCGAAAAAAGCCGUCUACUGGCGUUCCGAAACAUUGAAUUUUGGAUUUCCUAUUGACGCGUGGUAGGAUUAUAGUUUACUAGCGGAGGCUGAUGUUGAUUGUCACAGGCUAACGUGAAGCAGCUUUUCUUCUCAAAACAGUAAAACGCGUCCUCUAUUUAGGCUAUGUUUUUUUACGUCAUGUUCUGAUUUAUAAUCUAGAAAUAUCUUUUAAUUUUCACCUGACAUUUCUACAAUUAAAUGUGAUUAAAAUGUUCACUGUGCAGUAAAAACUGUUUUUUACCUUACUCUCGGCUAUUUUCUUCGAACUCCAUAAAACUCGAACCUUUUUUCGAUUUCCCUUGAAGUUUCGAGUUAUCGGGAGUCGACUGUAUUGCCAAGUCAUGCCAUUUAAUCCGCUGCUGUAGCAGGGGCACCCAACGACAACUUUCGGAAAAAUAUCUGUUCGAAAGACGAUUUGAGAUCUAGAAUUUUCGGAACAUUUGUUGUAAAAUUUCUUGCCUGCCUGCCUCUCCUAGGAUUUUCGAACAUCUAAAAAAUGGUAAAAUUGCUCAUUUUCAACGGAUUUUUACCCUAAAAAGGUCACCUAAAAUUUUCGGGAGCCUUUUCUCUGGCUGAAAUUUUCGAACAGGUAAGUUUUGAUCCCUAUUAUUUUUGGAUCGCUAGACUUUCAGCUAGGAAAUCCGAACAGAUGAAAAAUUUAUAGGGGAUAAAAAUAUGCCUAAAUCCACUGUUUAAAUACUAAAACACGUUUAACAAUGCUAUGUUUAAGUGGUUUUGGACUAUAUUCUCGUUGGGUGCCCCCUCUGUAGCCAAAUCAGAUUUUUGAAGCAGCAAGAAAGACAGAUUAUUUGCGUCAGACAUGCCUUAAGGGGUCGAUUCCUCACUUAAACGUUCGUUACCUCCCCAAAAUACUGAACUUUACCAUUGACAUGGCAAGCUAAUGAGUACCGGCUGCGUUACAGAAAAUAUUAAACUAUCCCUCGCACUCGCGUUCGACGUUCGACUUCAGCCUCAUCCCCCGAAUGUCUAACCAAGAGGUCGCAGAUUCAAGAGUGCUAAGAAACUCUGUGGCAAGUUUAUCGCCAUUUUCCGUUUAAAAGCGUGUCCAGAACUGAAUCAUAGACUUUCUUUGCUCUCACAAAAUUCUGAUAAAAAUUUAGCCGCCAUUUUACUUCGCCUCAUAGGGUGCUACGCGGCGGGGACUUAGAACUGCCAACAAACACAUAAAAAAACCUCCAAACAGACUUCCCGACAGAUUCAAGAUAUCAGACGCUUUCAAGACAAAAAUUGGUAGUUGCCCCGUGCGAGCAACAAUUAAAAGGAAAACACCUCACUUCCGUUUGACGUCCGUCAAUCAAAAAUGCCUUUGCUUAAGGACGAUGUUCUAAAGAUUUAAAAAAGUUUGCCUUUUUUUUCUGUUUUCAUAAUAAAUUGCAAAUUUCACUUCAUAUCUCGUUUCAUUUUCACACGAAGUGGCUUCAAUCUAGAGUUUGUAGAACAGAAGAACGGUUUGAAAGUCUAUCGGUGUCCCCUCUUCAAACUGAGCUGUACAGCCCCUGAAAUGAUCCCGACUACGAAAUGAUACCCAUUUCUCAUCACGUCGUCCCCGAAAUGAUCCCCAAUUAAUUUUAGGAACGGGAAUGAUAUCCUAAAACUAUGGAUCGAGCACAAUGCACAAGAUUAAUUUAAGUUUCACUAAUAAUCUUCACUUGCCCGCAUUCUUUAAUGACAUUAAUUUGGGAUUACAAUUUGAACUGGAUUAAACCAAAAUAUUAUUUAAUACACAAAGUUUAGUAUAUUUUUGGUAACACCAUGAACCGCUACUGAUAACAUCAAGAAACAUAACAUUUUCUAUUAUUAAUAAUUUUAUUACUUAGGCCAUUAUAGCCCGGGUUAUGUUAAACCUGCAUGCCUUGGAUAAUGAACGAAUUUUUAAAAUGACGUUUUAACACUUUUUAAUAUUUUAAAAUGAUGUUAAAGAUGAAAAAAAGUAGACUCAAAGGCGAUUAGAUAACAAAAGCGCUAAGAAAUCACAUAAACCGUGGUGAAAUGUUAAAUCCGAUUCAAGAACGUAAACGCUGCAACAGACUUCCAAUAAUUUCGUGACGGAGUACAAUUCUAUUCCAAGAAUUAAUUGGGGAUCAUUUCGGGGUCGACGUAAAGAGAAACGGGGAUCAUUUCGGGGUCGAUUUGGGGAUCAUUUCGGGGGCUGUACAGACACUUUUCUGUAAUGUAAUUCUCUUGAGGUAAUUCGAUCGCCUAAAUUUUCGCUACCCUUCUUUCUAUCUACUAUCUUGCAGAUUAGAUUAAAAGAUAUACAGCAGUGUUAAAAUUAACUUUCUUUUGUUUUAAAAUUUUACUGAUUAUCUUCCAUCUCCUAAUGUAGCGUGUGCAGACAAAUCCAGUCAUUGCCGCGGCUGGAAAGACUCUGGGUAUUGCAAACAGUCUAGUAAAUGGCACAACUACAUGAAAAGCAACUGCCCAAAGACCUGUGAUUGUUGUGGUGGCAGUUGUGGUGGUGGAGGAGGCGGCGGUGGAGGUGGUGGUGGUGGUGGAGGUGGUGGUGGUGGGGGAAGUGGUGGAGUCUGCAAUGGUAAGUAAACGAAAAUCGUUUAUAGUCAAGUUAUCUUCAAUCCUACGAACCCUACGAACCCGGGUGCAAUACAAUACAAUACAAUAUUCUUUAUUUAACGAAGGUGACGUAAUAACCCAAUAGUUAUCUAACUUACGGCCUUCGCAACAAUACAAAAUACACAUAUAAAAACAAUACCUAAACAGUAAACAUACGACUACAACAAGAGAAAAAAAUAGCACUAGACAAAUGUAUGGUUUAACAUAGAUAUAAGAUGAUAUAAACUAAUUACCUUCUAAUACAGUUACAAUAAAGAGAAAAACGACAAUCAUAACACAUUAACUUUUCAAGAUGAGAAACGUUACUAGCAAACGUAAGGAAUAAGAUAAAGAGUUUAUGCUUAAAAUUAUUUAAUCUAGAUGAAAAAAUAACAGAGAAGAAGAAGACACAUACGCUAUUUGCUUAAGAUCAGUGUCAAGGCAAUUAAAAAGAGUGGCAGCAGAAAGUGUUGUAACAAAACUCAACCAGGAGCCCGUAAAACCCGCUGAUUUAAUAUAUAUGUUUUAACUAUUUUAAUGGUUAUUUAAGGUGACUCGACCCAGUUUUUUUGAGGGGGUACCAUCCUACUUUGAAGCUCUCUGGUAUCCCCAACUUUACUUUUAUCGUAAGUCUAACACAUAGAAUGGGUAACAUAUAAAUUAAUCUACAAUAUAACAUAAAAUUUUUGGCGAUCGGAGUAAACGUCACGUGGUUAUAAUGCCACGCCCCUUUGAGGUCUCAGUCGAAAAUCUGCUGUUGCCGGCAUUUUUUCGUGAAAAUCUCUCGGCUACACAUAGUGCGCAUUAGUGCCUUGCGCUGGACAGAGUUUCACCACGCGUGCAGAACAAGAAUGCUGUAUAAUGACAGACUAGAAACAAUAGACAACUCCCAAAGCACAAAGUCAGCCAAAACGCUAAAAAUCUUCAAUGUUUACUCAAGUUUGGGCUUAUAGAAGAUAAUGUCAGAGUUUUUCAAUGACCAUGAAAUUCAGAGUCCGGGUAGUGAGUUAAUCAAUUGUGGCCCUGAAAAAUUUGAAGGAAAAAAAACUACGAAUUUUUAAGAAAAUGCUUUUUUCGUGAGAAGGACUCUUAAACGCUGACAAACGUCAACAAAUAGCGAAAACUAUAAUUUCUAUAUGUUUGCUUUGCUCGAAAUCGCGCGCAUUUACAAGGCCCUAAAGCGUUUUGCUGACUUGCAAGGCCCCAUCUGUUAUAACGAUGCCCAUAAUAAAGGGAUGAAUCUCAUCGUUUAUUAGAUAUAAUCCGUGUAAAGUUUGCUUAUCAUUUUCGCAUAAAUUAUGACUUAAAUUUGGAAACCGCUGAAUUUCUCGAAUUGGGUCUUUGCGAUUUUGGUGAAACUCUGUUCAGCGCAAGGCACUAAUGCGCACUAUGUGUAGCCGAGAGAUUUUCACGAAAAAAUGCCGGCAACAGCAGAUUUUCGACUCAGACCUCAGAGGGGCGUGGCAUUAUAACCACGUGACAUCUACUCCGAUCGCCAAAAAUUUUAUGUUAUAUUGUAGAUUGAUCUAUAUGUUAUCCAUUCUAUGUGUUAGACUUACGAUAAAAGUAAAGGUGGGGAUACCAGAGAGCUUCAAAGUAGGAUGGUACGCCCCCCAAAAAACUGGGUCGAGUCACCUUAAUAGUUUCAUGGCGUUAUGUUUUAAAAAAUUUAACGCCAUGACUCAUAGUCGAAAUGACUCUUCACUUUUCUGUUAAAGAGACAUAUCCUGUAAGCUCUGUGGAACUAAAAAGUGCUCCAUCUCUAAAUCAUUUACAAACCAGACUAGCCCAUUUUAAUACUCUGAACGCAUGCAGAGGUUUUCCCGGUUGCCGGAAGCUACAACAGGAAAUACGUCUGCGUAGCCGCUAAUUUUACGUGCUAUGGCCUUAAUCAGGGGCACCCAACGGCAAUUUUCGGGAAAAUAUCUGUUCGGAAGACGAUUUGAGACCAAGAAUUUUCGGAGCAUUUGUUGUAAAAUUUCUUGCUUGCCUGCCUCUCCUAGGAUUUUCGAACAUCUACAAAAUGGUAUAAUGACCCAUUUUUAACGGAUUUUGACCGUAAAAAAGGCCACCUAGAAUUUUCGGGAGCCUUUUCCUGGCUGAAAUUUUCGAGAAGGUAAGUUUUUCUCCCUAUAAUUUUUGGAUCACUAGACUUUCAGCUGGGAAAUCCGAACAGAUGGAAAGUUUUUAGGGGAUAAAAAUAUGCCUAUAUCUACCGUUUGAAUACUAAACUACGUUCAACAAUGCUAUGUUGAGUGGUUUUGAACUAUAUCCUCGUUGGGUGCCCCUGCUUAAUCGUUCUUAAAUUAUGACUGAACAUUCUGGAUCGAACUCAUCCCCUCGCUGAAGUGCCUGGGUAUUUCAUAUGUCUUUGCUCUACAUUCUCGAUGAAAUCUCCGAGCGUUACUUACUGACCAAAAGUAUGCAUUUAAACAUGUUGGCGUUUACAAAACGAUCACUCCGCUAAAGUAUGAAAUGAAAAAUAAUUGCGUUACUGACGCUCUACCGCCUCAUUUUCUACUGAUUGAUAGAUCAUUCAAAUAAAAAAAUUGCAAGAUUAACAGCUGCUCUGUGAUUUCUCUCUCUUUCUCUUUCUAGUGAGUGGUGCAAGCUCCAAGGUAAAGGCCUGUUCAUUUGACACUGAUACGUGUGACUGGCAUAAUGUACCUUUUGAUGAUGAUACAGACUUUGUUGUGCGCAGCCGCAGUAGUGGAGGACCGAGCAGUGGAGCGGGAGGUAGUGGUAAGUUGGGAACUAAUGUGAUUAUAUUUCAUAUUGCAUAGUUAAUGCACUAAAAAUUUGGAAUGCACAUGGCGGGACGCCACUUAAAGGCGAGAUAUAUGAAUAGUAAUUUUUCUUGCGUUGUGAUUGGCUAUACGAGAGAGUGAAAUAGAGUUGAAAUAGAGUGAAACAGAGUUUACUUUGUCCGCUGGGAAUAGACCUUUCCCACAUUCCUAGUGAGCAAACAUGAACAAGGAAAUGAGGUCGAGGCUCCUCGGAUAGACAAUUUUCCGCCCAAGCCUUGACCUGGUAACCUUGUUUCUUGGAAUUCAGAGAAAGUCUACUGACGCUAUUUUCACACAAGAAAAAAUGUUGUCUCUUUCGCCCCAUAAUAAGGGUGCGUGGAUAUGAAUGAUUUUCCAGUAAUCGGAUACUCAUGUUUUGCGCACAGGAUUUUGGGAUCGCCAGGGGGCAAACAUUGCGAGUCGCUACAAAGAAUUGUAUGGCGUGGAGUUGUUUCUCCGUUAAAAGCAGUGUCUUUGGACAUAAAAUGCCGCACUUUGCCGUGAUUUUAUGAGAAACGGAGGUGACUAAUGUUGGUGCGUUGAAAUUUCAAGUUUCUGUGUGAUUAAUGCGUUAAAUUCUAUCGAUAAACACUCCUUGCGUGAGGUUGAGUGUGAAAUUUAUGUUUACUGAAUUUACACAGUGAUCUAUAUGAAGAAAAGGUCUCGAAAUGUAUAGUGCAAAUUUAGGUAUACAUGUAGGGGGAUUGGCUCAUUUAAGCUUUUUAGUUUUAAUUACGUGUGGUGAUAUUUACAACGAGUGUAACUACGCUCGGCCGCGAUCAGCUCUGUGCGGGUUAUGACGCUCAACAAUCGUAGGACGUGGCCAUAAAAAUAAAAAAUCCUCCUUUACUUUGGUAUAAACAAAGUAACAUCUACGAAAUAUUUCAUGGAAAGUACAUGGUAUUUAACCAUUAGUAGAUGACGCAGAAAUCGUACGAACGAGUAAGAUUUCGGAUACAAAAGCAGUGAGUCUGUAAAUAGAUACCAAGUUGAUGUGCGAAAUUCAGAGAUUCCAUAUCUUCCCUCAAAUGAUUAGAAAAGGCAUUAGAACUCAUUGGUGCUCUGGAUCAUGACAAAACAUUCGCUUGUGUUUUUUGGCUAGAAGGAAUCAAUAUACCAAUGUGGGGAAGAUGUUUUUGCUUUUAAAGUUAAUACAUAUCAAAUUCGACAAUACAUAAGCUUACCUUCGAUCGUUGUCACAAACUGGCACAGCGUUGUGAUCGCCGCCGAGCCGAACGUAAUUACACUCGUUGUAAAUAUUAGCACAUGUACUUACAACUGGAAAGGCUUAACAAAUGAGUCCGCAUUCCCCGCUCAUUUGUACCUAUCACUAUAGUAAGCGUCUAAUUCGUAAUGGCGUGGAACAACCUUGUCUUUAGGGCAUUUGUCCACUUUUUGAAUUUUGAAGGAUGAGCAAGACCUUUUUUUCAACUAGGAAAGUUUAUUGUCCUUGAGGGUAAUGGCAAGGCCCGACUGGUGAUCCCCUUCGAACUGGUAUUAGCCGACCAUAACAGUGACCAUGGCAAGAUGUGCAUUAGGUUUAACUACUACAUGAAUAGGUAAGUCAUUGGUAUCUUUUCCCUUUGUUAUCAAAGCAAUUGGUACCCUUCUCAAACAUUGUGUUAGUGUCGUAAUGGCUCGACUUGAAAUACUACUGUCCAACUUUUGCAAAAAUUCGAUAAUUUAUGAUAACAUUAAUUUAUGAUAAUUUAGAAACUGAAUUGAGUUUAAUCAUAGUUACAGUCAAACCAGGCCAAGCGUUCCCGUCGCUAACGGACUAAUAAAUUUUAAAAUUAAUGGCAAAUUGUUUCCGUUCGUUGGUUCCGUGGUUUAUUCACGAAAUAAAUAAUGCAAUAUUCAAAUCGAGCCUCGAUUCAAUAAUCGAAUGUUGAUUGGAUUAAUAAACAAAAGCCUUGCCAUAUAUGGACACCACGCUCCUCCCGCGCUCCAGUUGAAAAAUGGCGGGCAGGCGAAACAGUUUGGGACGGAUUUAUGGCUCCCUUGUACGUGGUUUUUCUUGUAAGGAAGUUAAAGUCGCUUGGGCUAGUUGUAGACGGUAUUCCAGCGAGCUUUUGCGGUCUUCAAGGUUUUGCAGCAGUCUGUCAAUGGCCUUUUCACCGCCUUCACAAAUGGAAACAGUCGCUCUGCUUGUUUCUGUCAAUGGUGUGCAUAACUGCUCAGCGUGACUACGGUUUUCUGGUGUGCAAGCAGCUUUACAAAAUCAUGACUUUUAUUUUAUCUCGGUUUUUCAGGUCUUUUAUUUCGACUUCGACGAACUCUCCCAAAUCCUUAUCAUAUAACGCUGCAACGAAACAGUGCCCUGUACAUGUAUGCCAAAUGUAUCUUCCACUAAGUCUCUCUUGGUCGAUCUUUCAGUGACUUCCGUCAUUUUCCUGACUUCGUUCAAGUCAACCAAGACAACGAUUUUGUCCUGAAAAGUCAAAGUUCACGGUUAUUCUUAGUGCCUUCUACAGACUGCAAGAGGAAAUGAUAAAAUACACAAAGGUUGCAUGCAUGCUUGAUCGAUCAAGUGGUACACUUUCGCAAAUAUUCACAACUGUUGUCAAAUCGAAACUGCAAAAAGGAAUCAGAGGAAUCGAAUGGAACAACGCCUGUAGAAAAAGUAAACAACAUUUUAUACUAAUGGCGUGUUGAACUAUAGAAUAACCUACCUGCUCUAUCACACUUAACUCCGGAGAUAUAAAUAACUCCGCCAUGUUCAGGUCACGCUUUUCCUAGCACUCCAUAUAUGGCAAGGCUUUUGUUUAUUAGUUCAAUCAACAUUCGAUUAUUGAAUCGAGGCUCUAUUUGAAUAUUGCAUUAUUCAUUUCGUGAAUAAACUACGGAACCAACGAACGGAAACAAUUUGCCAUUAAUGAAUUUAUUAGUCCUUUAGCGACGGGAACGCUUGGCGUGGUUCGACUGUAAUAGAGUGGAAUGGUUAUGAAGCCCGUCCGACUCAUUUUAUAUGUUAUAUGUUUUUGUAGCUUUUUUGCGGACUUCACGGUGCACAAAGUUAAAUAGCAUUCCUAUCAUUUGAUCUUAAUGGCCAAUAAAAACGUCGAAAAUAUGUGGGAAGCCUUUGAUACGAAGAUAAUGUUUUAUUCUCAUGCAAAUAAUAAUAGAUAUGAAUAUAAAAAAACAGAUUUUAAUUUCCACCACUAAAGAGCUUUUGCACUUGGUCUCAUUUCAAAACCUAACGGGUCGAUUAUUUAAAGGACGUCUAACUUAGUCCGCGGUUUACGAAAUCGUUGGACCUCCAGAUCACUUCUUUAGUGGGUUAUUUUAAAAAGAUAAAUGUCUUUCUAGUCUACACUAUAUGCUUUCAUGAAACUGUUCACGAUAAAUUGUGUUUAGAUAAAAGCGUUGAGCAAACUGAAAAUGGUUUAGAACGGGUUUUGUUAAACACUGGCUAAACUCCGUUUAUAUAACAAAAGCCCAAAUUUUUUAAAACUCGCAAAUGUCCAAAGGAAACGUUUUACAGUGCUUACUAAUUUCUCUGGCUGGUUUCUGUUUUUUUUUUUAUGGGGCAGGGUCGUUAGCUCUACGCCAGACUUUCAAAAUGGAGGACCAGAGAGUUUCUCUUUGUCGGUUAGCAUUAGAUAACAUAGGGUGAAGGCAGAUUGGACACCUUUUGAGGUUUUCACAACGCAUUAUUCUCUCAACGUAACGAGAACAGAACCCCACUAACCUUUUAGAAUUGGUAAACAAACAAACAAACAAAGACUGCGCAGCGCCAGUUAUGGAGAGAGCAUACUAGAGAGUUAAGCAAUAAUCUGCAGUGAUUAAGGUUAAGCACUAAACUGCGACGGUUAGCUUUCAAAUGUUGUAAUGGGAUACGGCAUACGUACACGUCUAUUUUAAAACUUCCGGGAUUUUUCAGCUAUUCCUAGAUGGUGUAGUGGAUAUGGAUGUAGGUUAUGAUGCAAAUGGCUCGGGCUCAAAGCAUCCCAGUUCUGUUUAUCUAUAUUAUUUCAUAUCUCACAGCUAAGUUGGAUUAAGUUUUUCGUAUAAUUUUAGUGAAAGAAACAACCUGGCCUCAGUCGAUGUUACCUAAUGUUAACCCUCUUUGUCUGGUAUCUUCCCUUCGACCUUUUCAGCAUGGGUUUAAGGAGUCACACUGAGACACGCAAACUGCCCCACCACGUCAAGGUUGUGACCCUAUUCGUAGCAUGGCCUUAUGCGCCUAUUGGUGCGACGACGAUGAUGAUGAUGAUGAUGAUGGUUUAAUCCCAAUUACGUGCCAGAGAGCGGGGACGAUAAAACUCUCCUAAUUGUUUAGUGAUCUACAAUAUUCAUCCGUAGGCGCAGGUCCUAGAGAAUAAUGAAGACGUGGGACGAUAUACAGAUAUAUGCAGUAUCACCAUGUUGUUACACAAAAAUUCAUUAUGAGUCAACUAUUGUGAUCGUAUAAUUCUCGGUUUGCACUGUCACGCAAUGACAAAUAAAAAUGCAAACCAUUCAAUACAGAACGUCUACAAUUUGGGAACUUGCCAAAAAUCAGGUCUGUGCAAUAUUUCAAAUGCGAGAUAUUCCGAAAAAAGGUUUACCUAAAUUUAUGAAGCUUUGUAUGGAAACGCCAUGUUGGUGUCCCUUUCAGGGACAGCAAUUUGGCCACCGGAUACCAACAGAAACUUCUGUUUUCGAGUUUUCCUAAUAAUGGGUGAAUUCUUCGCUUGAUGAACUCAUAAGGAUUAAAGUAAUAUUUAUUCUGAGACAAGGAAUGUUGAGACAGCAAAAUCUUCAAAAUCAAUAGUGUUUUUAACCCACAUAAGGGCUCUCCUGGCCGUCAGCUAAAUGCCGCGUCACGCAAAAGCCUGGAAAUACAAGCGUCCUCUAUCGCAAAACGAAGAACCCUUUCGAACCUAAGAUUUGUUUACAUAAAGGUGUUUAGGUGUUGCAAUACCUCGUGAAAGUAGAAACUCAGAAGAAUCGAUAGUGCAAACCGAGAAUAAUGAUGACGAUUUUGUUUGCUGAUCCGCAGUGGUACACUGGCGCUGUAUUCUGUCAGGAAUGCAAGGGGUUCCUCAAGAACCAAACUUAAACAAAUGAGCAACUCUGGAUCACAGUGGAAAUGUGAGAAAGUACAAGUAGAUGUCAGCGUACACUGGCAGGUAGGAAAAAUAAUGAUAUUGAUAAUGACAGACAUUUUUGUCUGGCAAUUUCUAGUAAAGAGUAGAUUAUAGACAUUUCUACUGACCCAAAAAAUGUAAUACCUCAGACAGCAAAGUAAAUCAUAGAGUUGUAUAAGGCGUUAAGAGCGAAGUCAAUUUACAGUCAGCUCUCUCUCUUAACUGACACCUCUAUAAGACAGACCCCUCGCUACAACGGACAACUAGUCCUUGCCUUUCUUUACUCCUUUUAUUUGACUCUCUUUAAGACGGACAUCUCUUUAAGAUGGACACAGUACAGUGCCGGUCCCAAAGGUGUCCGUCUCAGAGAGAGUUGAGUUGUUAACCCUAAUUUAAGCCCCAAUAGUGACCCACAUCGAAUUUCUCCCAACAAUAACACUGCUUGAUCAAACAAAACAGGUUAUGACAAUGAAUGAAAUGAUCACCAAAGAUGAAAUGUUGUGAUGUUAGAACAAAUUCUCUCAAGCAGUAUCAUCAGUAAUGUAUGAAGAAAAGUGUGGAGAAGAUGCAUGUUGAUGUUAGGGCUUAAAGUGUUAAAAGGAAUAUAGAAAGGCAAGGACUGUAGGUGUCCGUCAAGAGAGAGUUAACUACAACGGAAAAAAAAAACAUAGACAGUCAACUUUCUCUCAGACGGACACCUUUUGGGACCGGCACUAUAGGGCCGUCUUAGAGAGAUGUCCUUCUUUUAGAGGUUUUCGCUAAGAGAGAAUUGACUGUAAGGGAUUUAUUGAUUUUUUUACAAAUCUCCUUUGGUUUUAUAGUUGUUGUUUGAAGCAAAUAAGAAUGGAGGACCUAUUGCUCUAGACGACAUUAGUUUCACUGAUAACUGCUGAUCGACGACA